AUGACGGCCGGCAGAGAGCAUCAUCCGUUGAUGAAGGGGCAGGGCGACAUCCGUCAGUGGGCAGCCAGCGGCGUGGGGAUGAUAGUCAUGGCGAAGCGCACUCGACAGCUGGCGAUUGGCAUAUCGACAGGCUGUCUCAUCACCGCCGUUCUCUCUCUUGUCCUCAUGCACCAGCAACACGUGUGGGAGGGAAGGAAGCCAUCAGCUGAUCUUGACAUACGUCUCAAGGCGAUUGAAGAGUAUGUGGCACGGAUCGCAGCCGAAAAUGUAACGGGGGUGGUGCGGGAGGAGGUGGGGCGGCUGGGCGGGCAGGUGGAGAGCGUGCAGGCGCUGCAGCAGGCCAGAGCCAAGGCGGGCGGCAACGGGACGGGGGACGUGGGCGGCGACUGGGCGGUGGUGCUGGAGGCGCGCGCACGGGACGCGGAGCAGCGGGCGGCGCAGCUGAAUGAGACAGUGGGGCGGCUCACGGCUAGCAUGAGGAAGCAGGCGGCUGAGAUUGUGGCUCUUAAGGCAGCAGAGCAGGUGGCAGCAGGAGCCGGGGACCUCCCCAAGCGGCCUCGCGGCAAGAUGGUGGUGCUGGAUGAUGACCCCUCCCGCUGGCGCCAGCACUCCUUCCAUCGCACCGGCGCCUACGGCUUCAUCCAGUACAGCGCGUACCGGUUAGAACCGGCACGCUUCGUGGUGGUUGGGCUGGGCGCGCUGGCGCAGCGCAGCAAGCGGCGGUUGGAGGGGUGCUGGUGGCACAAGAUGGAUGGGCACACUGUGAUUGCUGGCAAGCUCACCCAGAUGGUCAUGGAGGAGCAUCACAACUACCUGUACGAGAUGGUGGUGCUGCAGUGCGUGUUGGAAGAAGAGGUGGAGGAGACGGGAGGGCAUCUAAGGAUCUACCUCGACCGCCAGAUCCUCUACCCUUACCGGGAACAUGUCAAGGAGAAGCUCGAGAAGAAGGGAGGGGAAGAGACCCCACUGCCCUGGCGAGUAGCCUUCUGCAGCUCCACGCUCUACGCGGAGGUGGAGGAGCGAAGUGUGCUCCAGUUCAUCCACUACCACCGCUACGCAGGCGGCUACGACCACUUUGUGCUCUACGACACCGUCGGGCUGCCCCCGUCGCUCAUGGCGAUGCUGCAGCCCAUGCUGGAUGAGGGGCUUGUGACCGUGUCAGACUUCACCCAGGCGUAUCAGUUCGACGCCUGGUUCUACUCGCAGGCGGUAGCGAUGCAUGACUGCAUGUAUCGCAUGCGCACACAGGCCGACUGGGUGGCCUUCCACGAUCUCGACGAGUACCUCGCCCUGCAACCACCCGCAACCCUCCCAACCAUCCUCCACCGCUUCGAAUCCCUCCCGUACAUCACCCUCGGGACCUAUGUCUUCUCGGCGCACAUAUGCGAGGAGGACGGGCCGGAGGACGUGUGGAGCGAGGAGGAGAAGAGGUUUGCUGUGGAGAGAAUGCUGCAGCGGCGGAAAAAGCCGUACUGUCUGCGAGGAGAGGAUGAUCCCAAGGUGUGCAUCGACUACUACGGGCACCGGAAGAUGUUCGUCAACCCCCGCAAGGUAGAGGCGGUAUACGUGCACCGCACCGACAAGCCCAGCACGGGAGGAGUAGACCUGAGUACCGAUGAGAUGUACUUUGCCCACGUGCGCUCCAUCAACGGCAAGGGCAUCGCCUGCCGCCCGCCCAAGGACCAGGAGAACGACCUCCAAGCUGACGACCGCGAGCGCUGCACUCUCGUGGCUGAGACUGCUGCCCGCGCCCGGGAAUGUGCUCAGGACGGCUUCAGCAACCAG